GUGAGAGUUGGCAAGAAUGACUAUGCUAUCAUUCACGAGACGAGUUUAAUGUCGACAUUUAUCUAUAAGUGCCUGAACUAUCAACAUGUCUGCCAGUCGUGUGUCACAGAUUCUCUUCUCACGCGUGUUGCAGGCAACUCGAAAGCCGCAGCAUCUCGUUACACCUGUCAUCAGGUAUUAUGCCUGUCAAACUGGCAACUAUGAAAGUAUUAAGACCGAAAUUGUGGGUGAAAAGAAGAAUGUGGGUCUUAUCACUUUAAACAGACCAAAAGCUUUAAAUGCUCUAUGCGAUCAAUUGAUAAAAGAAAUAAUUCACGCUUUAGAACAUUUCAACACAGAUUCAUCGAUCGGUGCCAUUGUCAUUACCGGAAGUGAAAAAGCAUUCGCUGCUGGUGCUGACAUCAAGGAAAUGAAAGAUAAAUCAUUCGCUGAAAAUCUGAAAAGCAACUUCAUAGAUAGCUGGCAUGACGUUUCCAAAAGCAAAAAGCCUUUAAUUGCUGCUGUAAAUGGUUACGCUUUGGGUGGCGGAAACGAGCUCAUGAUGAUGUGCGACAUUGUUUACGCCGGCGACAAGGCCAAGUUCGGUCAACCGGAAAUUGCAAUCGGUACGAUUCCGGGAGCGGGUGGUACUCAGAAACUACCCAGAUUCAUCGGUAAAAGUAAAGCUAUGGAAAUGGUGCUUACUGGUAAUAUGAUUACUGCGGAAGAAGCUGAGAGAAGCGGUUUGGUCAGUAAGAUUUUCCCACCUGAUAAAGUGGUCGGAGAAGCGGUAAAGUUGGGUGAGAAAAUCGCAUCUCACUCACAAUUAGUCGUUUCAUUAGCUAAAGAGGCUGUUAAUGCUGCAUAUGAAACGACUUUGCAACAAGGACUUGAAUAUGAGCAGAAAUUGUUUAACAGUACUUUUUCUCUGGCGGAUAGAAAAGAAGGAAUGACAGCUUUCCUAGAGAAACGCCCGCCGAAAUUUACGAAUGAAUAAUCCUCCCAUAUAAUGAUGAUAUGCAAGAUAAAAAGCAAACUUUUAUAUUU